AUGUUUGCUAAUGACCGAGCCGAUGAAUUGGCAGCCAAGGGUGCCUCCAUGAUGGAAGUCUCUGCGGAGACGGAAAUCAGUGUGAAGACCCUUAGGCGCUAUCAGGCCGAAGCCGGGCGUCUGGCACUGCGUAAAUGGUGGUCAGACAAACGGGCCGGCCUAGGCACUUGCGUCAAUGACUUCUUCUACUGUGCCUCGCAUGCGAGGCUAUGGAGUCGAGGGGAAGUUACACCCGCUGGCAGUGCCGUGGUUUUUGGUAGGGCUCCCACUCCUGCGCAUCUUCACAGGUGUGGAGUAAUCGCUUCCCCAGAAUGUGAUUGCGGAGCUCCGAUAGGGGAUGUUAGACAUCUCCUCCGUUCCUGUCCGCUCCUAGAGCAUGCUAGGAAACGGGUCAAAGGUGGUGUACCCUAUCACUUCUAUAAAAUGGUUGUCGAUUUAAAGCGGCGCAAGGCCUUCAAUCGGCUGUUUUUGGCCCUCAUGCAGCAUCUAGAUGCUCGCAGGGGUUUGCUGUAG